AAGUCAAGUUUCAAACAAUCGUGGGUAACGCGCUACGCGUGGCACAUGCGCAGGAUUUGGCGUGUGCGAGGGACUCUGCAUCGUUUCUACGCGGCCGUAAUAAACCGCAACAGAGAUUGUCGAGCUGUUGAAGCCCGACUUGAGAUGCAGGAUUAGUCGAACCGAGCUGAUCGCGGUGGACGAGAUAAUUAUUUAUAACGAUACAAAAUACUCACUCGGCAUAUUCUGCGUAUCGAACACGGACGUCGCUGUGAGAACGCGGUGCGCUGUAAAUCUUCGAUCACACGGCACAUGGGACGAAAAGUUUUGUUCACGAACCGAGGACCUGGCGAGCGGAAUUGAUAGAUGUCUCGAGCCAAAUGGCAAGUUCGACAACGUUAAAAUACGUCGCGGCGCUCGACGUUGGGACGACAACUGUUCGAUGUCACAUCAUAGACAAGAAUGUGAGAACCAUUGGUGCUGCAUCGGAAAAGGUGGAAAUAAUAUAUCCGAAACCCGGAUAUGUAGAAAUCGACCCGGACCGAUUAUGGGAGACUAUAAUUCGAGUGAUGAAAGAUGCUUUGCAAGAUGCAAACUUGGAAGCUAAUCAGAUCACAUGCAUUGGUAUAUCGACACAACGAGGCAGCUUCACAACAUGGAAUCGCGAGACAGGGAAACAUUAUCACAAUUUCAUCACCUGGAAGGACUUGCGAGCAGACCAAAUGGUGAAGGAUUGGAACUCUUCUUUAACAAUGAAGGGGUUGCGUUCCGGUGCACAUUUUCUCUACAUGAUUUCUGGGAGUAAACGUUUCCUAGCUGGCAGCGUCUUGAAGCUGAUGAAUACUCAGACGACGUUGCGGUUGACUUGGGCGUUACACAAUGUGCCUGGUCUGAAGGAAGCUGCGAUGGGAGGCAAAGCGGUGUUCGGAGGAGUAGAUUGCUGGCUUCUCUACAAAUUUACAGGUAAACAUAUAACCGACGCAUCCAGCGCUUCCGCCACCGGACUCUUCGAUCCUUUUACGAUGCAAUGGGCAGGCUGGGCUAUAAAGAUGUUCAAACUGCCCCGACACAUGUUCCCCGAGGUAGUCGACACCGCUGGGAAUUUCGGUAACGUCCCAAAGAAUUUGUUCGGGGCUGAAAUACCAAUUCGUUGCUCGAUGGCAGAUCAAGCAGCUUCCUUGUUUGGAUCGACCAGUUUUCAGCCAGGGGAUUUGAAGAUCACCUUGGGAACGGGGACCUUCGUGAAUGUUAACACAGGCACUAAUCCUCACGCCUCUUUGACUGGACUCUAUCCGCUCGUGGGCUGGCGAUUAGGAGCAGAAACGAUCUACGUGGUCGAAGGUGCAUCGAACGACACGGGUUCCCUUAUCGAAUGGGCCAAGUCCAUUGGAAUAAUUAACGAGCCUGAGGAAACGUCUGAUCUAGCAAAAUCCGUCAAAGACUCCGAUGGAGUUUAUUUUAUCCCCGCGUUUAGCGGAUUGCAAGCACCGAUCAAUGAUCACACGGCGGCCGCGGGUUUCCUCGCAGUGAAGCCUACGUCUAGCAAGGCGCAUCUAGUUCGCUCGAUCCUGGAAAGUAUUGUAUUCAGGAUACUUCUGAUAUACGAGUCUCUCCAGCAGGAAACAGAAUUUACAUAUCACAGGAUAAGAGUUGACGGUGGCGUCUCGAAAAACGAUUUCAUGAUGCAGCUACUUGCUGACGUGACUGGUUUGCAAGUCGAACGCGCCAUAAGCAGCGAAAUGUCUAUUUUAGGGGUUGCAUUUUUGGCUGGGUUAUCCUUUGGUGUGUGGAAUAGCAGAGAAGAAUUACUUCAACUUCGUGAAGUGGAGAAAGUGUUCAGUCCAAAACGCGAAAGGCAACAGGAUUAUCAAGCGAUAGUAGAACUAUGGCAGAAAGCAGUUGAACGGUUCAAGGAUUGGUAUUGAUACUAAUAAAAAAAAUUAGAUAAAGUUUUCAUAUCGUUCCUCAUCAAAGCGUGACCUUCUAUCGCAUCUGCAACUGAACCUGGCAAAAAUGUUUUACAGCGAAAAAUCUAAAAGUAGAGAGUAAAUGUACGUACUAAAAUGUUGUUUCUGCCUGUGAACGACGAUCAGAUGUAUUUAUAACUAUGAUUGAAGCUGUUCAAAAAUAUGCGAGAACUAAAUAUUUGUAUCGAAUUGUGUUCGGCGCAAGCAGCUCUUUGUACAUAUUAUAUAGUAAUUAAGAAUCGGCACGUAGUAAUCAUGAGGUUUAUAUUUUUUGCAUAUAAGUCUAUGUCGUUCUGCGCUAACCAAUCCAGUUGACCUUAAAUUAAAUAUUUAUAUAUUAGAAUGACCGAUUAGCUUUUGAAUAGCUCAUAUGAAAAUCGUUGCAAUAAAAAACCUUAACUAAAAGUCUGGAACAUAAAUCGAUUUUUACACACGCCAUGCAUUUAAUCUUGCAAACCCAGUUGGCAGCGCUCAUUUUGUACAGUGCCUUUUUCAAAAGUAUAACUAAUUUGGAAACGAAAGAAUUAUGCAUAUGAUGAUAUACGUGUAUCAUGUAUGCACAUACGUAGAUAUAUGAUAGAUAUACAUGUUAUUAUUUUUUGUUUUUCUGAAAACUGAUAUCAUACAUGUACAGAUAUUUUUUACGUAUAACAAAUGAAUAAAUCGUUAUAUUUUAUAACCAUA